AUGGCUUCAAAUUUGACCUUAUGCGUUGAUAUUUUAUUUCGUCAAGUAAAUAAUUUCGAAUGUUUAAUUAGUCGUAUAAUAGGAUCAAUUUUAAUAUUUGUAUCAAUAAUUUCAAUAAUAUUUAAUAUUCGUUUUAUUUAUUGGUCAUUAUAUCAUCGAAAUCUUCACACUCGUCAUUAUUCAUUAAUAUUAUCAAUGAUUUUCUCAUCAAUAUCAGAAACUAUUGUGAUGACACCAUCAAUAUUUAUUCAAUGUUUAUUUUGUCAUCGAUUAUGUUCAUCAUUUUAUUGUCAAUUUGAAGGUUUUGUUUCAUAUUUAAAUGGUUGUGUUCAUAUGUUUACAUUAAUGAUGAUAUCAUUUAUUCGUUAUGCUACAGUUUUUGAAACAAAUACAUUAAAUCUAUUUAUUGGUCAACAUUCAUAUUGGACAAUUAUUAUUUGUUGGUUAUUUAGUCUUAUUUUUGCAUUGCCACCAUUGUUUAAUUGGAAUAAAUAUAUACCUGAAGGAAUUGGUUUUCAUUGUGGAUUAAAUUGGUUUGAUCGAUCAUUUAGUUCACGUAUUUAUUUUAUUUUAGCUUUUACAUUUAUUUAUUUUAUUCCAUUAAUUUUAUUAUUAAUUAUUAAUAUAUAUAUUUAUUGUAAAAUUCGAUCUUUACUUUAUGAUGCAAAAGUAGCACAAUCUAAUGUUCUAUUAAAUAUAUUUUAUCAAAAACAUCAAACAUCUUCAUAUAGUUUAUCGUCAAAAACUAAGUCAACAAUAAAAUAUAAAAAACAUAGUUUUAUUAGAGUACCAAAUUCAAUAAAUAGAACUACUCGAUUAACUAUUCCUCGAACAACACAUAUGUUGGAAAUGGAUUAUCUAAUGCGAUUAAAUCGUUUAAAAGCUGAUCGACGUUUUGCAUUGGCAACAAUAUUUUUAGUUAGUGAAUAUUUACUUAGUUGGACACCAUAUGCUAUUGUGGCUUUAUUUUAUUUAUUUAAUGUAAAAUAUAUUAGUCAACAAUCUAUAUUCAUGACAGUAUGUGCAUUUACUGCUAAAAUUUCAAUGAUUUUAAAUCCAAUUAUUUAUCUAGCAACAAUAAAAACUAAUGUAUUCAAAUCAAUAUUAUUUUGUGGUAAAUGUUCGUGUUGUUAUUGUCGCAUAAAAAGCAAUACUUUAGUUGCAUAA